CGCCACAAACACGCAUAACAAGUCUUCGCAAAUACUCCUCUUUUAAAUCGUUUAAUGCUCUAGUGUCAACAAAUCAGCAUUUGCAAUUCAAACCUGGCUUGUUGUUCUAGGCAUAUUUUAAUUUCUUAUCAGUUGGCAAGCAGAAUUUCUUUAUCAGUUUCGCGGACUGCAAGAGCAAGUCACUGCUCACAACAACUACUACGACAUUCUAUUCUUUUUAGAAAAUCGCGAAGUUCCCUCAUUGACACUUCACACAAGAUGAGCAGCCAAAUCAAGGACACAACGCCGGAAUUAGUGGUCGUUGACACUGAUCCCGGUACAGACGAUGCUUUGGCCCUUUACAUGCUCCUGGCCGCUGACGAGAGGAAGAUGGUCAAAUUAUUAGCAGUCACAAUUGUUGAUGGAAAUACAAAUGCAGAUCACGGCUCGAGAAAUGCCUUGCGGGUCUUGAAAUCUGUUGGCCGACUGGAGAUUCCCGUACACAAGGGCUCUCCUGACCCCAUUAUUUUGGAGCCGGUCCCUAAAGACAAAAGCCGUGUCACCCACGCAGGCUACCAUGGUGAAGAUGGAUUUGGUGGUGCCAAGUUUGACAAAGAACCAGACAUGGGGCUGCUGCAAGACGAGACCGCAGUUCUGGCCCUGAUCAAACUGGCAAAAGAACAUAAAGGGAAGCUGAACCUGUUGUGCCUUGGACCGCUCACCAACGUUGCCCUGGCCAUGAAGGCUGAUCCAGAGUUUGCCUCCAACGUGAAAAAUAUUUUCAUCAUGGGCGGCAACACUGCAGCUGUAGGAAAUGCCACAUCCACCGCAGAGUUCAACUUUCUGCACGACCCAGAAGCUGCUCACAUUGUCCUCGCCAGCGCACAGAGCCACAUCACCCUCGUUCCUUGGGAGACUUGCCAGGCCCACGGACUGCCUUACAAAUGGAGGACUGAAGAUUUUGGAUCAGCACAAACAAAGCAAGUGGAGCUGCUAAACAAGAUAGAAGCGGCAGUCAUUGAAAAAAGCAAAAAUCCCACUUGGAUUCCGUGCGACUCGUUCAUCACUGCUGCGUUCAUCGACCCGUCCAUUGUGAAGAAGCUUGAUGUACGUCACCUCACGAUCGAGCUGCAUGGCCAUCGCACCCGUGGACAGGUCGUCAUCGACCAUCUGAGAGAGUGUGACGAUAACGUCAAAGUUGCGAAGGAAAUCGACUUGGAAAAGUUCAAGCAGCUGAUGUAUAUGGCUGUGGACCACCCGCACUGCACAAUCUAAUGCGCCACUGUGGCAAGUACACACCUAGUUCAAAAUCUGGAAAUCUCAAAAGUUAACUAGGAGAUUGUUUACCAUAUUUGAUUGGAAGCAAUAAAUAAAAUAUUAUUUUUUU